UUGUGACAGUCCCUCCUUUCUUAUCUGUCUGGCUACUUUGUGCUUGAGCCGCUGGCACCGCCUGGAGCAGCCCCUGCGGCGCCCCGCGCGGGGGUGGAUAGCAGUUUUAAGGGUUGGGAGCAUCUCGCUCCGUGGCCAAGACUUAAUUUCCCAGCAGCCUUUGCUGCUUUCCUGAGUGGCGUGUUAGUUGCUUUUCCGGUCACGUGCAUCGCCGCCCCUGCGCAAUCCACCUAGGAGGUUAGGAAAAAGCUGCCCAGCCCAGACUCCGUUUCCCGGUGUGCCCCGCGGUGGCGAGGGGCGUAACGGUUGUUGUAGUCCGGCCCCCUCCUGGCUGGUCCAGCCACAUUAACCGGCAGGAUGUCGGAGGUGCGGCUGCCACCGCUACGCGCCCUGGACGACUUUGUUCUGGGGUCGGCGCGUCUGGCGGCUCCGGAUCCAUGCGACCCGCAGCGAUGGUGCCACCGCGUCAUCAACAACCUCCUCUACUACCAAACCAACUACCUUCUCUGCUUCGGCAUCGGCCUCGCUCUCGCCGGGUACGUGCGGCCGCUUCAUACGCUCCUGAGCGCGCUGGUAGUGGCGGUGGCCCUCGGCGUGCUGGUGUGGGCAGCUGAGACCCGCGCAGCUGUGCGCCGCUGCCGCCGCAGCCACCCUGCCGCCUGCCUGGCCGCAGUGCUUGCCGUCGGCCUCCUGGUUCUCUGGGUCGCGGGCGGCGCUUGCACCUUCCUGCUCAGCAUCGCCGGGCCGGUGCUUCUGAUCCUGGUGCACGCCUCGUUGCGCCUGCGCAACCUUAAGAACAAGAUUGAGAACAAGAUCGAGAGCAUUGGUCUCAAGCGGACGCCAAUGGGCCUGCUACUAGAGGCGCUGGGACAAGAGCAGGAGGCUGGAUCCUAGGCCCCUGGGAUCUGUACCCAGGACCUGGAGAAUACCACCCCACCCCCAGCCCAUAAUUGGGACCCAGAGCCCUUUCCCAGCACUUAAAACAGGAGCCUAGAGCCCCCUGCCCAAACAAAACAGGACGUCUGUGACCGCCCUACCCCCACGCCGGCCCCAAACUAAGAUAUCCCUCACACCCAGCCCCCAUUACCUAGGGACAAGAGUCUUCCCCAGCCCUGAACCUAGGACCAAGAGCCACCUACAUCCAGCCCCAAAACUGGGGCUUCAGGCCAGAGCAUCCAUGGCCAAUUUCAAAUUGUGAACCCAGAGACACUCCUAUCCACCCUUCUCCAUGCUCAUCCCCAAACUGGGGCCUGGGGCAAGGCACUCUCAAAUCUUGAACCCUGGACCAAAGCUUUUCCAGACCCCACCCUACCUUCCAACCCAGGUCAAAACAUUGCCAAAUCUUGAACUCAGAACCCAAGUGUUCCAUGCCCCUGUGUGGAUGGAGUUGGGUAUCCUGACUGUUGGACCCUUGGUCCAGGUGAUCCCGACCCUCACCAGUCCCACUUGCCUCCCUCCAGCUCUGCUUAGGGAUUUUGCCCCUCACCCCAGUGUUCCACACCAUCGACAACCAAGGGGUGAGGUGGGGACAGGCCUCAGCAGGGAAUGGGGCGUAUAUGUUAGUGUUGCUGCAACAAUAAAGCCUGUUGCAUCUCAUGCCAA